GCCCAGCCCUCCUGCCACGCCCCGCCUCCCGGCGCUGCUGGGAGUUGCAGUCCUCUGAGUCCAUCCCGCUCCCGUCUGGCCUCCGGGCCUCCCUGCCUUGCCGGUCCCGACAUGCUCUGCGCCACCGGCCGCCUCCUAGCGGCCCGGGCGGCCGCCACGCUGUCCGCCCCGCCCGGCGCCCGGGGCUCUGCGCUCCGUUGCCGGCGCAGGGAACUACUUUUUCCAGAGCACUCCGAGCCGCCAUUUCGUGACUUCUUGGCGGGACGGCUGACAAGACCUAGUGUGCCUCCGGGCCGGAGGGUGAUCUUGAGGAGGGGGAGGAUGCCGCCAGCCACUGGCGGAGGCUUGGCAGGGUCCGAGCUGCGUGCCCGCAGGGGCCGCUGUGGACCCCCGGCGGCUAGGCCCGCGAGGCGGGACGUGGCCGCUGAGGCUGCAGCGCCAAGCCCCAAACGGUCUGCUCUGGGCUCGCAGCGCCUCGAGGCGGCCGGCUGGUGGGCCCUACUGGCCCUGGUGACGCUACUGUCCUUUGCCACCCGCUUCCACCGUCUGGAAGAGCCGCGGCACAUCUGUUGGGAUGAGACUCACUUUGGGAAAAUGGGAAGUUACUAUAUCAACCGCACCUUUUUCUUUGAUGUGCACCCACCUCUGGGAAAGAUGCUGAUAGGCCUUGCGGGCUACCUGAGUGGAUAUGACGGUACAUUUUUGUUCCAGAAGCCUGGGGACAAAUACGAGCAUCACAGCUACAUGGGAAUGAGAGGAUUCUGUGCAUUCCUUGGUUCCUGGCUGAUCCCCUUUGCCUACCUCACUGUACUGGAUCUGUCCAAGUCCCUCCCGGCAGCACUACUCACCGCUGCCCUCCUCACCUUUGACACAGGAUGCCUCACUCUGUCCCAGUACAUCCUCCUUGACCCCAUCCUGAUGUUCUUCAUCAUGGCUGCCAUGCUGAGCAUGGUCAAGUACAACUCCUGCGCUGACAGGCCCUUCUCUGCUCCCUGGUGGUUCUGGCUCAGCCUGACUGGCAUCAGUCUUGCUGGUGCUUUAGGGGUUAAGUUUGUUGGCCUCUUUAUUAUCCUGCAUGUGGGGUUGAACACCAUCUCAGAUCUUUGGCACCUGCUUGGAGACCUCAGUCUUUCACUGGUGACAGUGGGAAAACACCUGACUGCUCGAGUCCUGUGCCUCAUAGUGCUGCCCCUGGCUCUCUACACGGCCACUUUUGCUGUUCACUUCUUGGUGCUGAAUAAAAGUGGUCCUGGUGAUGGUUUCUUCAGCUCUGCCUUCCAGUCUCGGCUUUCAGGGAACAACCUUCACAAUGCUUCUAUCCCUGAACACCUGGCCUACGGCUCUGUGAUUACUGUGAAGAACCUGCGGAUGGCCAUUGGCUACCUGCACUCCCACAGACACCUCUACCCCGAGGGCAUCGGCGCGCGCCAACAGCAGGUCACCACGUAUUUGCACAAGGACUACAACAACCUGUGGAUUAUCAAGAAACACAAUGCAAACUCAGAUCCUCUAGACCCUUCCUUCCCAGUAGAGUUUGUGAGACAUGGAGACAUCAUUCGACUAGAACACAAAGAGACUUCCCGGAACUUACACAGUCAUUAUCAUGAGGCCCCCCUGACCCGGAAACACUAUCAAGUCACUGGCUAUGGCAUAAAUGGGACAGGGGACUCAAAUGAUUUCUGGAGGAUUGAAGUUGUAAACAGAAAAUUUGGAAACCGGAUCAAAGUGCUGAGAAGUCGAAUUCGCUUCAUCCAUCUGGUCACAGGUUGUGUCCUGGGUUCGUCAGGAAAAAUGCUGCCCAAGUGGGGCUGGGAGCAGCUGGAAGUUACUUGUAAUCCAUACUUAAAAGAAACCCUCAACUCCAUCUGGAAUGUAGAGGACCACAUCAAUCCCAAAUUGCCAAACAUCAGCCUAGAUGUGCUACAGCCAAGUUUUCCUGAGAUCUUGCUGGAGUCCCACAUGGUCAUGAUCCGGGGGAACAAUGGCCUCAAACCCAAGGACAAUGAGUUCACUUCCAAACCCUGGCAUUGGCCUAUCAACUAUCAGGGUCUGCGCUUCUCAGGGAUCAAUGAUACAGACUUCCGAGUCUAUCUGCUUGGCAACCCGGUGGUUUGGUGGCUGAAUCUGUUGAGCAUUGUCCUUUACCUCCUCUCAGGAAGCAUCCUUGCUGUGGCUAUGCAGAGAGGGGCACAGCUGCCAGCGGAGGUUGAAGGACUGUCCCAGGUCCUUCUGCAAGGCGGCGGUCAGGUUCUUCUCGGCUGGAUGCUUCAUUACUUCCCAUUCUUCCUGAUGGGCCGGAUCCUCUAUUUCCACCACUAUUUCCCAGCCAUGCUCUUCUCGAGCAUGUUGACAGGCAUUCUGUGGGACACCCUCCUGCGGCUCUGUGCCUGGGGCAUGGACUCCCCGUGCCUGGCCAGGGGCAUACAUGUGCUGGGAGUCCUGAGCCUGCUUCUGGGAACUGCCUACAGCUUCUACCUCUUCCACCCUCUGGCUUAUGGGAUGGUAGGUCCCUUAGCCCAGGACCCCAAAAGUCCAAUGGCAGGACUGAGGUGGCUGGAAUCAUGGGACUUUUGAAGCCACUGCAAGGACUCCAGCCCAGGUCCA